AUGGCUGCCUUGAAGUGCAUUCUGGGUCUUCUGGCCCUCUUUGUGGUCUCUGCCUGGGCCGAGGAGGAUCUGCCUGUCUCUGAGCUCCUGUGGAAGGCCAACAAGGAUGUUGUGCAUACAGAGGAUGAGCCCUAUGUGCUGGAUGACAUUGCUUAUGACAAUGAAAACGAGAGGAACGCUGAUCCCUGCACCUCCCGCGGCUGCAUGUGGGGCAAGUCCAGCGACGGCAGGGUCUACGUGCCCUAUGUCAUUGCCAACCACUUCUCCUCUCGUGAGCUGUCCAUCAUCGAGCGUGGUCUGCAGUCCUUCUCCAGCUUCUCCUGCAUCCGCUUCGUCAGACGCAGCAACCAGAGAGACUACCUGAACAUCCAGUCCCUCAACGGGUGCUACUCCUACGUGGGCCGCCGUGGUUACUCCCAGACGGUGUCUCUGAGCCGCCAGGGCUGCAUCUACCACAACACGGUCCAGCACGAGCUGCUGCACGCCCUCGGCUUCAACCACGAGCAGACCCGCUCCGACAGGGACAACCACAUCAGAGUCCUGCUGCAGAACGUCCAGUCUGGCAUGGAACACAACUUCAACAAGAUCAACACUCUGAACCAGGGAACCCCCUACGACUACAACUCUGUCAUGCAGUACCACAGGUAUGCCUUCUCCAAGAACAACCAGCCCACCAUGGUGCCCAUCCCCAACCAGAACGUUGAGAUCGGCAAAGCCACCCAGAUGAGCCAGAACGACAUCACCAGGCUCAACAGGCUCUACAAGUGCUGA